AUGGCAUGGAAACGUCCAAUCCGGCGCAAGAUGAUGACCGCUACUGGCCGCAACGACCACAAUGGAGCAGAAACAGUCGUCCACGGUCGCACGAGCUCCGAUCACCAUGCUGGGGAUGAAGACCAGUCCGCGAAUGCGUCUCAAGAAGGUAUUGAAAGCGAAGUCUCGGCUGCUCAAGGACUGGUUCGGAGUAGCCUUUCCCAAUUCUUUCAGCACGGUCUGCCCUCUUCAAAAUGGGAUGUUUUCGAUACGUCGGAUCGAAUGAGAUUGGCCUACAUUGGGACAAAAGUGUCCAACCUGAGUCAUCUGAUCAACCUGGACCAAUCUUCCAGGCAUUUCUUGGUAUAUCCACAUCCUGAGGUCCAUCCUUCACCACCGCUCACGAGCCGAAUGAACAUUCCGUCUGCCGCUCGAGAUGGAGCCCAGGACAUUUACGCACCACUCAGCAAAGAGCUGAGAGACGAAUUGAUUGAGUCCUUUUUUGGCAAGAUCCAUCCUAUUUUUCCCGUUGUCAAUGAAGAACAGUUUCGCUCCAAGUAUGACCACGAACAGGACGACACGCCUCUUCUGCUUCUCUACGCCAUCUUGCUCGUCGGCGCUCACGUAUCCCAGCAUCUCAAAGUGAAAAGAUCGAGAUCCACGUUUAAAUCAAUCCUCUUUAAAAGGGGAAAGUGGCUCUUUGAUUUGCGCCACGAGAACGAUCGGCAGCAUCUCGUCGCGGCUGCACUAUUGUUCACAUGGCAUCUCGAGAAUGCAGAUACAGUCAGCAUGAAUGGAUAUUACUGGUCCGGAGUAGCCUGUCGUACUGCUUACGGCAUAGGCAUGCAUCGUAAUAUCCUUUCAGACCCAGACACACCGGACCGAAUGCCAUGGAGGGAUAGACGCCUCUAUCGUCGUACAUGGUGGACGCUGUUCCAGGUCGAGGUCAUGUCAGCGCUGGAACAUGGUCGUCCGUCUAUGAUCCACCUGGAGGAUUUUGACCAGGGACCUCUGGAUGCGAGAGACUUUGAAGAUUUCCAGGGCGCUCAGAGUACUCUCGCCCCGCACCUCCAAUACUGUGCAAGGAACGUUGAGCUGUGUUGUAUCGUGCUGGACAUGUUGCGAUUGACGUCGCCAGGUCACCCCAAAACGGAUUCCCGACUAGAUCUGGAAGCUUUCCAGACAAGACUUGCAAAUUGGGCAAUAGGACUCCCUAUGACCACCGACUUCUGGUCGUUACAGCUGCAACUUCAUUAUCACUGUGUUGUUCUACAUCUUUUCCGCUUGCAUAACAGUGGUCCGGAUUUAGCACUGGGUUCCAUUAACUGCGCCGAAUUGUGCAGUGGUGCUGCACGAGCUAUUCUUUCUGUCUUUGAGACGAUGAUCGCCACCAAAGUUCUCGACCAGUGCUAUUCGACAGGCGUAAUGGCUCUUACUGCGGCGGCGAUCUACCUCUCCAAGGAAACCCAACGAUCUAUGACCGAUGGAGCCAUACUAGUGGCACUGAAUCAUGUCAGAGAUCUCGAACGGGUCUUUCCCAUUGCGACUGCAGUGUCCGAGUAUUGGCCAAACGCUGACGGUGUCCUGAAAUUGUUUACCAAUCUUGCCGAUAAGUUCAAAGUUCUCAUAUCGGACCAGCAACAGCCUCCAGCACAUCAGGAAGGGUUCGACAUCAAUACUCUGAAUGAGAUCAACUGGGAAGAUAUCUUUGCUUAUUCCUACCACCAACAAUCGACUGGGACAGAUGACUGGAUGAAUGCUUGGCCUGGUCUUGAAGAGUGAAAAUUUCAACAUUACAGUUGAAAUAUUAUUCCAGAGUCAGUAGCCCAAGCUCCACUCCUCAUGGGC